UCGUUAGUUCAGUUUUUGGCUAACGUUUAUAGGUUGUGUUGAAUUUCUUUAGCCUUUUAAAAAGGUUUUAAGGUGAAUAUUAGUGACGCAUCAAAUAAACGUGUUUAGUAGGAUACUACCGGUUAAAAUCUUUGACAAUUAUUUCAAUGUGAAAUUGUAGUGUUUCGCAAAACGGUCUAAUAUUGAUUUUUUCGUUGAACGUAUUUUACUGUUGACAUGCCAACAGGCGUUUGAAGACCACGUUGUAAUUUUGUUCACAGCUUCCAAAAACUAUAAACUCUCCUCACAAUCUGAUUUAUUGGGAACAAUCUAGAUUUUCAUCUUACUAACUUAGUGGUCAUAAACGGCGACUACCAGUCCUAUCAACGGCACCAAAAACAUGCGGCAUUUCUAUUAGUCGAUCUGAAAACAUCGAUCAUCGAUACAGAAACAUCGAUCAGCCCCUAAUGGAACGCCCUAGCAGAGUUUUCAUAAAAUUGAAGCCCAUCUUCGGGUCUCCCAACACAGUAUUAUCUUCCCAGUUUUAGCUAUUUUCAAAAAAUAGUCAUUCUCUAUCCUUGUUUUGUCUGAAUUCUUCGUGAAAGAAUAGAUUUUCCAAAAAUCAAUUUGUAAGUUUCAAUCAAGUAUUCUCAGUUUUUAUCGGUAUUAUUUCCCAAACACAUUUUCUGUGAUUUCAAUAAUAACUGUGUGUUUUAAACACUACUUUUUUUAGUUUGCUUUGAAAGCAAUACUGUUGAUACCUCAUAGAUUCUUAAUCGAUUGGGUCUGGAACCACAACAAUAGGCCUACUUCCUAAAUUACCAGUAUUCUAAGUGGCUUCAAAUUCUCUUCAGAAACGAGCAUCCAAUGAUCGUUUUAUAAAUAUUAUCUCUGUAUCGAAAAUACCCAAAUUCAGAAUUGUUGUGAGAAAAACAUAGUUUUGUCCUUGUAUCGAACAAAGUUUAAGUGAUAUUUGGAUUUGACAAAGGCAUUUUAUAAAAUAUCAUCUCUGAAUCGAAUGCUAAGCUAGUACUCAAAUUUCGAAUUGUUAUAAGAAAAACAUAGUUUUGAGGGUGUUCUAUCCUUGUUCGGAGUGAUAUUUGGAUUUGACAAAGGCAUACGACGCGUUCUCUCCUUGAACACCUUGUUUCUAAUUGAUAUUUGGAUUUGACAAAGGCAUUCGACGCGUUAACCAUGUCUUCGGGUGGCACCAAAAAGGACCCCCCUGCAGUGGGAGCCGAUUGGGGCUCAGUGGAGCUGGGAGAUGUGAACGGCGAACGCCGCGCCAGGUUCCAAGUCAACCUGGUUGAGAAGAACAAGGAUGACGACGGAAAUGAGACGGAUCGAUUGUGCGACGGUGAGGAGGACUACGAUGAGGAUGAUGACCAUCAUGGCGCCUAUGUGAAGAGCUUCAGACACAUGACUAGGGAGGCGUUGCCAAGGCUGGACAACUACCGGAAUAUUAUGUCGAUCCAGGCUGCCUACCGACCGACCCUCGAUGAACUCCACAACGCAACCCUGCAUCACUCCAAUAAGGGUCCAGGGCAGGCGUCGAAUGGUGUGCACCCGGGGGGCUCCCCGGACGGGGGCGUCGUCAAAUUCGGAUGGAUUAAGGGUGUUUUCAUCAGGAAUCUGCUCAACAUCUGGGGUGUCAUGCUGUUUCUGCGACUGUCCUGGGUCAUCGGACAGUCGGGAGUGUAUGACGGGUGUGUUAUAAUCCUGGCUUCCAGUGUGGUCACCCUCAUCACGGCGCUGUCGAUGUCUGCCAUCAGCACCAAUGGUGUUAUCAAAGGAGGAGGCACUUACUUCAUGAUAUCUCGGUCGCUGGGGCCCGAGUUUGGCGCGUCGAUUGGUCUGAUCUUUGCGCUGGCCAACGCGGUGGCGUGUGCCAUGAACGCAGUCGGCUUCAGCGAGUCACUGCUCGACCUGCUCAAGAAGAACGGCGUCACCCUGGUGGAUGGAGGCAUCCAGGAUGUGCGCAUAGUGGGUGUCAUCACCAUUUUCCUGUUGGUCUGCAUCGUUGUCGUCGGCAUGGAGUGGGAGGCCAAGACUCAGAUGGGACUUCUUGCGAUUCUCCUGGUUGCGAUAUCUGAUUUCUUCAUUGGAGGAAUUAUUGGUCCAACUGAUGAAAACAAGAGAGCUCAGGGAUUCGUUGGAUUUAACGCGACUGUCUUCGCCACCAACUGGAAGCCGGAUUACAGGGAAUAUCAGGGCACAAAACACGACUUCUUUUCCGUGUUCGCCAUCUUUUUCCCGGCUGCCUCCGGAUUUAAUGCCGGCGCCAACAUUUCUGGAGAUCUUAGGGAUCCGGGCAAAGCGAUACCGAAGGGCACAAUCCUGGCGAUCGUAGUGAGCACGCUGCUGUACGUGGGCAUGGCGGCCAUGAUUGGUGCGCUGGUCGUGAGAGAUGCGUCGGGUGACGUCACCGAGUACCUGGCCGGAAUCGCCUACAACUGCUCAGGCCGCGACUGCCAGUAUGGGCUGCAGAACACUGUUCAGGUGAUCGAGCUAGUGUCACCGUUCGGCCUGCUGAUCUACUUCGGCUGUUUCGCGGCCACCCUGUCGUCGGCACUCGCCUGCCUCGUGUCGGCGCCCAAGGUGUUCCAGGCGCUCUGCAAGGACAACCUCUAUCCGUACAUCUCGUGGUUCGGCAAGGGCUACGGCAAGAACGACGAGCCCGUCCGCGGCUACAUACUCACCUUCUUCAUUGCGCUUGGAUUCAUCUUGGUCGGUCAAUUGAAUGCCAUUGCACCUCUCAUCUCGAACUUUUUCCUGGCAGCUUAUGCUUUGAUGAAUUUCAGUACUUUUCACGCAUCGUUAAUCAAACCUGUGGGCUGGAGGCCAACGUUCAAGUACUACAACAUGUGGCUGAGUCUUGUCGGCGCCAUUUUGUGUGUGGGGGUGAUGUUCCUGAUCAGCAGUUGGACAGCGCUCAUCACCCUGGCAGUGGUUCUAGCGCUCUACUUGAUCGUGUCUUACAGGAAACCAGACGUGAACUGGGGCUCUACAACGCAGGCGCAAACUUAUAAAACGGCUCUGACAGCCGUACAGCAACUCAGUCGAGUUGAGGACCAUGUCAAAAACUAUCGGCCCCAGGUGUUGGUGUUCUCGGGCUUACCUAGCAGCCGACCGGCGCUGGUGGACUUUGCCUACCUCAUCACCAAGAACAUCUCACUGCUGGUGUGUGGCCACGUGGUGUCCGCACGCGUCAACAACCGCACGCGCACCGCACUCAGGCACAAGGCGCACAGUUGGCUGCACUGUCACAAGGUGAAGGCAUUCUACAGCGAGGUGGAUGACGUGUCGCUGGAGGAGGGGGGAAAGGCGUUAUUGCAGGCAACCGGGCUGGGAAAGUUGCGCCCAAACGUGGUGUUGUUGGGCUACAAGGCCGACUGGGCGCAGUGCGAUCGCCUCCAAUUGGCACACUACUUCCACCUCGUGCACAAAUCGCUGGACCUGUACAUGGCGGUUGCAAUUCUGAGAGUGCCUGGGGGGUUGGACCACUCCAAGCAGAUGUCGGAUGAACCUGAAAUCCUCGCUCUCGACGAGGGCAACACCAGCAUCCUCAACACCAGGCAGAACUCGCAGGAGUCGAUUCCCAGGAAUGUUUCCUACUCGCAAAUGUCUCAAGUGGCUAUGCACCAUUCGAUGAGGUCUAUCUAUGAUCCAGCACAGCAGACUUUUGUGAGUGAUGUGAGUGAACUGACACCCCCUUCCACCCCGAAUGUGAGCCGAAGUAGGAAAGUGAAUGUCCGUCCAGACGCGGACUCCGAUCAGAAGAAGAAAGACGUGAAAGGCGAUCGUAACUCUAGGCAGUCACGAGGCAGUGUUUACAAUAAAGUAGUCGGUCGCCUGGGUACUGUGCAUGAGUCGACUAACAGCAACAACCAUCCGCCUACUGAGCAACAGACGUCGCCUGUUUCUUGCAGGAGUAUCGGCGGCACAGAACUCCCCAAGGAGGUGUUGCAUUCCAUCACCCAGUUCCAACGCAAACGCAAGAAGGGCCACAUUGACGUGUGGUGGCUGUACGAUGAUGGCGGUUUGACACUUCUGUUGCCCUACCUGAUUCAGACGAGAAGUGAAUGGUCCAACUGUAAACUGAGAGUAUUCACGCUGGCCAAUAAGAAGGAUGAACUCCAAUUCGAGCAAAGAAAUAUGGCAAGUCUUUUGGCAAAGUUCAGAAUCGAUUAUUCCGACCUGAAAUUGAUUCCCGAUAUAACAAAGAAGCCUCAAGAGGAGACAACCUUGUUUUUCGAGAACCUCAUCAAAGACCUGAAAGCACCUGAAAAUGAUGAGGAGGGCAAAGAGGAGGAUCAAGGCUAUAUAACAGAGGCCGAUCUGAUGGCCACAAAGGAUAAGACAAACCGACAUCUGAGACUCCGCGAGCUCCUGCUGGAGAACUCAACAGAUGCUGAAUUGGUUGUCAUGACCCUGCCAAUGCCUCGCAAAAGUGUGGUGCCGGCUGCUCUGUAUAUGGCGUGGCUGGAGCUGCUUACCCAUGACAUGCCUCCAUUUCUGCUCGUCAGAGGCAAUCAGCAAUCUGUACUCACCUUCUACUCGUAGAUAUCUACCAGGAUAUCUCUGCCUAUCUACUGGGUAUCUUCAAGAUUUAUCCAUCUACUCACUAUAUAUCUGCCUAUCUGCUAGAUACCUAUCCUCCAUUGGAUAUCUGUCCGCUAGAUAUCUCCAUCUAUCCACCAGAUUUCUCUGCCUAUCUACUAGAUAUCCUCAUCUCUCAACUAGAUUAUUUUACCUAUUCUUAGAUACAUUUGCCUACUUCUUGUUUACUCUCCGAAAGAGUAUACUCUUAACCUGUAUGUAUGGUUCAAUCUGUCUUCAAUUUUAUAUUAUUAUAUUAAGAUUGAUAUAAUAUGUAAGUGUAUUUCUAGAUAGCCUACAUGUUAUUUCUGUGUUAGAUAUAGUAUUUAGAAUGUAUCUAACCAACAUACUAUUCAAGAUUGUCAACAAUAUUCUUGACAAGCCAUUUGCAUAAGUGUUGAUCAGACAUUAAUAACCAUAUUCG